CCUACAUCCAAGGCUCCCCUGCGCUGUGAGAAGUCGACACUUUGGCGGAUCCGAGUCAAUUUUCAGGCAGCCAGGAGGAGCAGGGCGCGCUCGGACACAGCAUGGGAAAUCUGCCGCUCUCAGGUCUUUUCAGGACUGAUGUGACCAUGUCUGAACAGGUCAGCGGAGGGAGGUUCGUUACCAGGAGGAUCAGGAAUGGCAUAACUUAUUAUUACACUCCAUUCUCAGAGGCAGGGGACCAGACACAUCCUGCCAAAGAUUCUCAAACCACCACCACCGCUCUUUGCCCCAUAUCACCCUCAGCCCUGAGCGACUCCUCCUCUGCAGAUCCUUCUGCCUCCACUUCCCGUCCCCUUCUUCUUUUCUUCUCCUGGCUCGGUGCCCAGCCAAGGGCAGUGGCCAAGUACAGGGACCUGUACCUGGACCGUGGCAUGGAUGUCCUCCUGGUCCAGAGCAGUGUAAUGCACUUCCUGUGGCCUCGAUGGGGGCUCGACUACGGAUUGGAAGUUUUGCAGACUCUCGAGGAGCCUCAGUUCUCAGGGAGGGCGGUGCUGGUCCAUGCCUCCUCCAUCGGAGGCUACACUUUUACCCAGAUACUGACCCACAUCGCUCAGAGACCGAAAAAAUAUGCAUGCCUGGCCCAGAGGGUGAUAGGGCACAUAUAUGACAGCUUGGUGGUUGGCAGUCUGGAGCACAUGGCGAUAGGCCUUGGUAAGACUCUGGUGCCACGUUUAGAGAGCUUCGUCAAAAACACAGCCAUGCUUUACUUCUGGCUCUUCAAAACCCACACAGCGGACUUCUACGACCACAGCAUCCAGGUUUUCCAAAACAGCCCGAUCACUGCACCCGCCCUCUUCUUCUUCAGUGAGAACGAUGCCCUGUGCAGCCCAGCUGUCAUGGAAAAGCUGAUUGACCGCUGGAGGAAGAGAGGCAUGGCGGUGGAGAGCAGGAAGUGGAAGGAGUCGAUACAUGCGGCACACAUGCGAUGCCACCCACAAGACUAUCUCUCUACGCUGGAAAAGUUCUUGAAGUCACUGCCGAUUUCCUCCCUCGAAGUGAAAAUGUGAACUGUUAGAGGAGCCUGAUACUGAAUUUGAAACCUGCAAGAUGCACUAUGAUUUUAUUUAUGACUUCAAAGAGAAGACACUUAAAUUAUUUAUCUCAGCUGUGGCAUUAUUAACUGAUUUUAAGCAAGGCUACAUAUUUUAAGUGAUAUCCAGUAUCUAAUUUAUUAUUGUGGAGGUUAUGCCAUGCGAUGCUUGUUUUGCACAGGAAGUGUUUGCUUAUUAACUCCUGUUACUCUUAGUACCAGAGAUCUGGGGCCUGUACCACAGAGCAGCUUCAACUCUGCCUCUCCUGGGGUUAUUUGGCUUCACUGAGCCUUCACUGAGCCUGUAUCACAGAGCUGUUAUUAACUGGUUAUGUUACGUAAUAUUAACUCUGGGUUUACUUGUCCAGCCACAAGUAUUUUCAUAUGAAAGAGGCAGCAUUGUUAAUUACAAGCAGCAUCGUCAGAACCGUGAAUGAAGUACUUGAUAUGAGCAUAUACGUGGGUAAAAUCAGUUAUAGCAAGUAGUACCAAGUAGCCGUUGAUACACCAGCAAUCAUUUCCAAAUUUUAAAGUAAAGCUGAGCAUGAACUGUCAUUAAAUGGUGAAGUGAUAUUUUUCCUGUGAUCUGAUUGGUCAGGCUGGUGACAGGUUUCAGAAUAGGUUUGUUUUACCAGAAAACCUAAGUUAAGCCCAAAGACAGCUGGAAAGCCCUCUAAUCUUGCUUCGCGGUACAGGCCCCUGGUUUCCACACAAAAUGGAGCCCAAAAUAAAACUUUUGGACCUCAAAUGUGAAUUGCAUUGUUACCAAAAACACCUCUGUUUUUGUUUUCUGUUUAUUGUUUGUUUGUGAGGGUGAACAUCUACAAGCAUGUGACAGAGGAGGAGUGGCUUAAUAAAGUCUUAAUAUGAUAUGAGAUGAAAGGGGAAAUGUAAUGGGAAAUAAUUAUUGGUGUACAAAUUAUUUUUCUAAUGAAAAAUGAAAGAGGGCAUAGCUUUUAUUUCCAAUUAUCAUAUCAAAGUCUUUUCAUGCUCUGUUUUAAAACCUGAAAGCCUGAAUCAAAAAAAUUAUUCUACUGAUUUAUAAAAAAAAAAAAAAUCUGUCCAUAACUAUGUCACUUUAUUGUAAACUCUUUUAUCCCUUUCAGGAUCCUGUAGAAAUGAUGACUCCAUUUUUCCAGUGAUCUGAUCAGUAGUCAGUCUGCUGACAGGUUUUAAUCUGAUCCUCUGAAGUUACCUUCCUCCGGAGCCAGUUAGCCGUGCAGCAUGUUACCAGGAAACCUUAGUUAAGCCCCAAGAGAGCUGACUAACUGUACUAAUCUCUCUUCGUGGUCCAGGCCCCUGAACUUGUGUUGUGGUCACAUACUCAGCGUGUUGUGUAUUUUGUGGAGCUGACUGUACUGUGGGAGUAAAAAGCUGAAGUAUACAGUGCAAGGAGCAUGGUUGGAAACCAAAGGUUCUCCCAGGGGAGGUCAGCUGUAGGGGCUUUGUUGGCAAAUCUCUACGCAAGAGAGCAGAAAGCAGGAAGUGAGAAAACAUGGCAGACACCGCACACAGAAGAAAGGUCAGAGACUGUCAGACGUGUCUGUUGUGCUGUUUGAUAGGAAGAGGUAGCUGUAGAGGCUUGACUGAAAACGCCCCCAGAAACCUCAGGAAGAACAUGUACUGUAAUUGGCGAAUUGUGGGUUUUUAGCUCAUUUUGAUUAUUUAUUCCCCCCCAAUACAAUAAAAGGCAGAGGGGUAUAAAGUCACUGAGUAAUAAAAACAGGUUUAGUUUAAUUUCCCCUGUAAGAGUGGGUACCCAGGAAGAACAAAACAAGUAAUAAAACAUUAUUACUUGGACAUGGAUAUGUGCAGAUUUUUACAGAUACCAUAAAUACCAUACAGUGUGACUGCGUAGCUACGUUUUGUAGCUAUACUGAAUGCGUUAAUGCCAAUUUCCCAGUGAGUGGAAUGUAGAGCGUUGACUUACCCUCUUUGGCAUAGAUGCUUCUCUCUAUGAAUCUUUUAAUUUUUUUCUUUCCAUUUUAAUUUGAAUUAAUGUGUGAUGCUCAUUGCUUAAUAUUCACGAUUCCAUUAUUUAAAAAAAACAUUUCAAUCCUGAUGUGCUUUUGCUCAAACAUGUAGUAAAGUAUAAAAUGCAGCUUUGUCGUUUACUGUACUCACCUCUGUGUGUCUUAUACAUGAGGGAUGAGGUAUUCGCCGUGCUGUAAUACUUUACAGCUGUGCAUGUGUCACAAGGCCGCUCUGCAUGGUGAUGGGAAUGAAUAAUAGAGUUUUGAGAGCUACACUUUAGAGUCAAAUAGGAGAAACGGGAAUUCUGUCUAAUGGAUUCUCAUCAGGAUCUGGUUGUUUUGAGUACAUUUUGAGUUAUCUAAUUUUUUGUGUCUAAAAAAAUACCUGAUUGAUCAUUAUUAUCUGUUUUGAAGAGUUGUGAAGUAUUUUUUUUUUAUGCCAUAAAAUGCACCCUGUUAGUUGUCAAGUCAGUUUAACUCAUAUAGCCCAAAAUCACAAAUCAAAAAUUUAGAUCAUUGGACUUUACAAUCUGUGCAGCUUAGAAAAUCCUGUGUUCGUAGACCUUCGGUUUGUAUAAGGAGAAAAAUGGCUCCCAAAAAACUUUUACUGUAACAGGAAAAAAAAAAAAGUGAAGAGA